AUCAAGCGACCUAGGAGCGAUUUAGAAACGCUAUACAGAAAUAUUGCCCAGUAUGGCUGGAGAAGCUCAGAAUGCCUACGAUGCGCGCGCCUACGACUCCAAGAUGCAGGAGCUGACGGGCGAAGGCGGAGAAAGUUUUUACACCGAGUGGGAGGAGUCCUAUGAGUCUUUCGAUCAGAUGAACCUGCACGAGAACUUGCUGCGUGGAAUCUAUGCCUACGGUUUCGAGAAGCCAUCUGCCAUCCAGCAGAAGGGAAUUGUGCCUUUUGCCAAGGGCCUGGACGUCAUCCAGCAGGCUCAGUCCGGCACUGGCAAGACUGCCACAUUCUGCGCCGGUAUCCUGCAGAACCUCGACUAUAACCUUGUCGAGUGCCAAGCCCUUGUGUUGGCUCCCACUCGUGAGCUGGCACAGCAGAUCGAGAAGGUGAUGCGCGCUCUGGGCGACUACCAACAGGUCAAGUGCCACGCCUGUGUUGGUGGUACCAGCGUGCGCGAGGACACUCGAAUCCUGCAGGGUGGCGUCCACGUCGUGGUCGGCACUCCUGGCCGCGUCUACGAUAUGCUGCGCCGUCGCGCACUGCGUGCUGACUCCAUCAGGAUGUUCGUGCUGGACGAGGCUGACGAGAUGCUGUCUCGCGGUUUCAAGGACCAGAUCUACGACAUCUUCCAGCUGCUGCCUCCCAAGCUGCAGGUUGGAGUGUUCUCUGCCACCCUGCCGCCUGAGGCCCUGGAGAUCACCCGCAAGUUCAUGAACAAGCCGGUGCGCAUUCUGGUGAAGCGUGACGAGCUGACCCUGGAGGGUAUCAAGCAGUUCUACGUGAACGUGGAGCGCGAGGAGUGGAAGCUGGACACUCUCUGCGACCUCUACGAGACCCUGGCCAUCACCCAGUCCGUCAUCUUCGCCAACACCAGGAGGAAGGUGGACUGGCUGACUGACAAGAUGCGCGAGAGCGAUCACACCGUGUCCGCCACGCACGGAGACAUGGACCAGAACACGCGCGAUGUCAUUAUGCGCGAGUUCCGCUCCGGCUCCUCCCGUGUGCUCAUCACCACCGACUUGCUCGCACGCGGCAUCGACGUGCAGCAGGUGUCCCUGGUGAUCAACUACGACCUGCCCACCCAGCCCGAGAACUACCUGCACCGCAUCGGGCGCUCCGGCCGGUUCGGGCGCAAGGGAGUGGCCAUCAACUUUGUGACCAAGGAGGACGAGCGCCUGCUGCAGGACGUCCAGCGGUUCUACAACACCGUCAUUGAGGAGCUGCCCGCCAACGUGGCAGACCUCAUCUGAGCACUGCGUCCAGCCUUAUUGAGCCUGGGUUCAGCCGCCCUGAAUGGGCGCACAAAUAAGCAGCACUCAAGCAGAAGGAGCUAUCAAGAAGCGGGCUUGCAGAGAUGAAUUUUGCAGAUUGCAGCAUGCGCGCCUGUGUGCCUGGUGACCCGGUGCUAUGGCCAGUGAGCGAGCAGGGCAGCAUUUUGCAUCUCCGCAAAAGGGAAUGUUUGCGCAGAGAGAUAGAUGUGCACAGACGAAGGGGCUGCAAUGGCUGGGUUGACCCAGGAUUGCAUGGAGAAGGAGAAAAAGGGACUUUUGGUGCGCUGGGAGAGCUACCUUAUAUUAGCACCAAGAAUAACAAGACAGCACCACCGCUAAUGGAUGGACACAAGUGCCGUAUGUGUGCAAGAACGCGGGGGUACGUUGGGAGACAGCUUCUGAAUAGAAGUGUUCUGGUGAAGGACAGAACCAGAUGGCUGUGCCAGCUAGCACGGGGUGCAUGCUCACAGUAUAAUGCCUUCUUGGGCAGCUUAUCAUGUUACCUGCUGUCUUGCCCUCAUGCUGACAAAGUGCAUCUCAGAUCACCAGAAGUUGAAUGAGUAAUGUUCUGUAUAGAUCAUGGGAGGUGUUCAACUGGGGUAUGCAGUCGGCAUGUUGAUGCAUGCCGCCUGUUUCAUGGCAGGCUUGCCAUUAAAGUAAACUCUUUGCGAGCAGCAACUUCAGCUUUUUCAAGCUUUUGAAUUGUUGUGAGGAAUCUUGACGGUUGCGUCUAGUGAGUGACAUAGCAAUGAAUUUUGUAGUAUCAUACCGUAGGAAUCCUACUUGCAAGGUAAAAAUGUAUCCUCCCGGC